CCGACGACAACAAGUCCGUACACCGCUUUAAUCCCAUUCGGCAACCAUCUCAGAAUCAGUUGACUCUGGAGUCUACGCGACCAUAGUCGCAUAUUCACAACCAUGAGUUCAGGGGACCCGUUCUACCUCCGAUACUACUCCGGCCAUCAGGGAAGAUUUGGCCACGAAUUCUUGGAGUUCGAUUUCCGCGUUCUUGGAGAUGGACGAAGCGCCUCCGCUAGAUAUGCCAACAACUCCAACUAUCGUAACGAUUCUUUGAUCCGAAAAGAGAUGUGCGUUAGCGAUGCUUUAGUCGCAGAGAUCAAGCGUAUUGUUAAGGAUUCUGAAAUCCUAAAGGAAGAUGAUACGAAAUGGCCACAGAAAAACAAGGAUGGCCGACAAGAGCUCGAGAUCCGCCUGGGCAAUGAACACAUCUCCUUUGAGACUGCUAAAAUUGGCUCGCUUCAAGAUGUUCAGGACUCAUCCGACCCGGAAGGAUUGCGUGUCUUUUAUUAUCUUGUUCAAGACUUGAAGGCCCUCGUCUUCUCACUUAUCUCCCUGCACUUCAAGAUCAAGCCAAUCUAAAUGAAUAGCACAUUCAGAUGAGCGGCGUUAGGCGUCAUGUCAUGUUUGUACAAUAGCAGAUGGCGUGGAUACCGGAUCACCCAUCGAGGAAGAGCGAGAAAAAUGAAACUAUGUCCAAAAACGACGAGAAUGUCCAAUCAAUUGUCAAAAGUUUCAAUUGCGAUGUAUUUGGAAAGUCUAGGAUGGAUGAUGACGGACAGGACUACUUCGAUAUGGACUGGGAUCACUAUGAACGAACGUGCUGCCGAUUGACGUGGUCGAUUUGACACGAUCCAAAGGAUUUGAUGAAUGUCAUUGGGGAAUUUUAUGGGCAAUGUACCCAAUCGGUACUUGAUAGUUAAUAUUGUCAAAAAGAAGAAACACAAUUGUAUCCGAA